UUUGAGGGAAGCACGGGGACUGGUGUGGCGGUGGCACGUUUCCGAUCGGCCGCACGCGGGGAUCAUGGCCCGCAAGAAGAAGAUCCGCCCCAUCGCGGAGAUGGCCCGCAAGGUGCGGGAGUACUGGGCCCGCAAGAAUCGGCCCCGGGACAGUGAGCGCUUCGCUGUGGACUAUGAGACCAUGACACGGCCGUACAGCGGGAAGAAGCUGCCGAUACUGGCUCACCGCGACAUCCGCACCGAGAGCCGCCUCUUCCAGCUCCUCAACCGCCUGCCCCUGUUCGGCAUUGACCGCCUGGUCACCAGGAAAUCCUGGCUCAUGGCCUAUGACCAGCCCUGCUACUGGACCAUCAGCAAGGUCAAGGUGGAUUACACCGCCCAGGAUAUGGACCAUGGAAAAGCAUGGGGAAUGCUAACAUUCAAAGGGAAAACUGAAGAUGCAGUGAAAGAAAUUGAUAAAGUCAUGUACCAUGAUUGGCGCCUGGUUCCAAAACACGAAGAAGCAGCUUUCAAGAGCUUCACGCCUGUUCCCGAAACAAGUAUUCGCUAUGUCCCUUAUCCUCCUCUGCUUCGUGCCAUGAUACUGGCUGAGAGAGAGAAAACUGGCAAAUCUAUUGAAGAGGAACCUAUGGUUGAUCUAGAAAGAAAUCGCCACUUUCCAAAGGACUACUUUAAAAAUCUGGAUUUGAAGAAAGAAGCAGAGGGAACACCAGUAUAAGAACCUGGAUUACUCCUAGCUACUGACAAACUGAGUGCUAUUGAUUCCAGCAAUCUUUCUUGUUGGUUAUGUAUAAUAAAAUCAUUUUUUUUGUA